AUGUCGAUGCCUUCAGCGCGCAACCCCCUAUCAAACACGACCAAUAUCAGUCCGCGACGUGGGCCAGAUAGUAGUCCUGCCCGGCCCAUGUCGUCCACUUCAGCGACGAGCGUUGGCCAAGGAUUGGCGAGAAGCCCGUCGCUCCGGAACGCGAGGCCUACGAGACGCUCUGUGGCACGGAUGAGCACGUCUUAUACUCAAGAUGAUUUAGAUCAGGACGAUGAGGACGAGCGGAAUGCCAAUGCCCAACUCAUGACUGAUCUGAAAGAACAAGUUCAACGAGCCGAGCAGGCUUCGGAGCAGUACCGCAAGCAAGUGGAACUCAUGCAGCAGCGGCUCGACGAUACCACCAACGAACAAACUGCUGCAGAGGAGAGGGAUUUUCAGCGGCAGACAGAGUUGGACAAACUACGUGCAGAGAUCAAAGAGUUGGCGCGACAGCGACGGGAACUCACCAUGACGUAUGACUCGGAAAAGAGGAUGUUGUUGCAGGACAGAGAGCGGUCAAGUGCAAAGGAGGCCCAAUUGCAGGCUACCAUCAGCAGACUUAACGAGACGUUGCGCAACAAAGGCAUCGAGAGGUCAAAUGCGAAUCGUGCAGCGAGCAUACCAGACGCGCCAGAUGCCGAGGCGCCGAACCCCUCCACCGCUCAUAUGCAAGCAUUGCACGAGAAAGAUAACAUCAUCGAGACUAUGCGCAUUGAAUUGGCGGAACUGCACUUGCAGGCGGCUGAACAAAACCAUGCAGGAGAUGGACGUUUACAGCAUUUGGAAAAGGAAAUUUUGGAUACAAAGAUGCUGAAUGCCAGACUAUUGGAGGAGAACGAAAGUUUCCAAAUGUUGUUGAGCGAAAAGACGCUCAAGGGCGACUUCGUGGCAGAGAAUACUGAUGAGGACACUUCAGGCUUGAACACGCUUGAGGAAGAGUUGGGCAAUAUUGGCGACGACCCUGAAGCACAGUCCGAGGCUGUUAAGAAACUCGAGGCUGAAAAUCGGCAAGUCAAAGAUCAAAAUAAGGCACUCAAAUUGUACGUCGACAAGAUCAUUGGACGUCUUCUCAGCAAUCCAGGCUAUGAGCACCUCAUACUAGGCAAUGACGCAGAUGACAAAGACAUGCCACCACCUCCGCCACCAAAGGGCAAAGCACUCCCAGCACCACCACCUGGCGAAGAAGCUCCUCAGACCGGCAUGGGUGGAUUCUUGCAGCGUGCCAAAUCGGUGGUCUCCCGAGGCGCCGCAGGUCCUCCUAGGCCACGACCGAAUUCCAUCAUUCAGAGUUCCAUGCAACCCACCGCCAACGAGAACCCGGUUACAGCACCUAGUAUCCCACUGAACCGAGGUCACCGCCGUGGACGAUCCGAUCAGACACAACAAGACACUGGCAUGGGUGCUGCUACCGUUGUGCAGCAGAUGACACGCAGCUCAACAUUCCGCACACCCUCUUCCGGUCCACUAUCGCCGGGACUUGGCCCUGUCUCUCCGCAGCAGUCUCUCGGCAACAAGAGCUACUUUCCUUCACCACCGCCGCACGACAGAUCACUGCCUGCCUCACGGGUUCCAUCGCAUAAUUUGCAACAGCCAGCGAACGCCACAGGCAGCUCUCGCAAUAGCGUAGCGUCGGACAACAGCUUCACGCCUGGCGCCGACCGAUCGAGUAUCACAGACAUCAGCAGCACUAUGCAACCGUCCACGAGCAACGUGCAGGGACCUAAUGCACUUCCCGGAGCUGUCAUGAAACAGAAUCAGAUGCGACCGUUGAGACUAGUUAAUCAGGUCAAAGAUGAAGAGGAGGCAGCGAGGAAAGCGAGCAACCGUGGAAGCUGGAUGGGCAUGGCCGGGGGCUGGUUCAACAAAGGUGAUCAGGCGUAA